AUGUCAUUCCUGCACUCGCUGGAUCCUAUGAUCUUAAGGCUCUAUCUCAAUUCGAAGCAUGUGGUGGUGGACGAGGAUCUAACGGCAAGGAUUUCAAUGGCUGAUACCAAAUUUAGCUUCCAAGAGACUGGAAGAUUAUAUUCCCCAGCCUGGAUGUCUCCUGAAGCACUACAACAUUCACCAUCGGAUUUAAAUAUUCGAGCAGCUGACAUGUGGAGUUUUGGAAUAUUGCUUUGGGAGCUGAACACACGAGAAGUACCAUUCUCAGAUCUUUCGCCUAUGGAAAUCGGAAUGAAGGUUGCUUUGGAAGGGCUGCGUGUACCAUUUCCGCCUGGUAUUUCACGGAAUAUGGGGCGUCUGAUGAAUAUCUGUUUAAAUGAGGAUCCUGGUCGACGGCCCAAUUUUGACCAAGUAAUACCGAUAUUGGAGAAGAUGGCUAGCUCUUGA